AUGGCUUCGUCUGCCAGCACCGGCCCAGGAGCCGACGACGGUGGCCGCAGGAAGCCCCGCCUGGCGGCUUCAUUGCAGAUUAGUCCAAGGCGUCCUUCUGCCAACCCUGGCCAAGAUCCCAGGCAGCCUCGGCCUGUCCCCAGCGUGGACAGUGAGGGGGGUGGGCAGGCCCUGGCCUCAGCUGUGGGGGACGGUGGGUCCUUGGUGAGGGCCGUAGUUGGAGUACUGGGGACAGCUCAGGCAUCGGAAGACUUAGAGGGACAGAUGGGAAGGUCCCCGAGGGUCUCUGUCCCACCUACAGGGCCCGCUGGGGACUUCCCAAAGGCGGCCAGACAGCUGGGCCUGCAACUCAAAGAUCUGCCGCCUGACCGGGCUGUGGCCUCGCUCGCACAGUACACCGCCAGUCUAGGAGUCUCCCUGAUCUUCCGAGAGGACCAGAUGGCAGACCCCUGCUGCCCCUUCUCUGUGUGGGCAGAACUGGAUGGGGUAGCCUGCCCUGCGGGCACUGCCAACAGCAAGAAGGAGGCCAAACAGCAAGCAGCUCUCUUUGCCCUCAAGUACAUCCAGAGUCAGAUGGAGAGCCCAGAGCCCCCAAAGACGCCCAGUAGACCUCCACUCGGCGAUCUGAAUGUAGAGAACAUCCUGACCCACGAGCAGCGCUGCGCAGCUGUGGUCAGUGCUGGCUUUGACCGCCUGGUGAGUGAAACCUCACCGUACCGGGCCUGUAAGGGGACUGUGGCUGCCGUCAUCCUGGAGAGAGAGGUCCCAGGUGCCAGGGGCCAUGCCAAGGAGAUCUACAACCUGGUAGCUCUGGGCACAGGCAACAGCAGCUGUGCUGGCUGGCUGGAGUUCUCAGGCCGGCAGCUCCAUGACUGCCAUGGCCUGGUGGUUGCGCGCCGGGCCCUGCUGAGAUUCUUGUACCGGCAGCUCUUGCUGGCAACACAGGGUGGCCCCAAGGGCAGGGAGCAGUCUGUGCUGGCCCCCCAGCCUGGGCCUGGGUUCCCCUUUGUCCUCAAGCCCCGGAUCUUCAUACAUUUCUACAUCAGCAACACUCCCAAGGGAGCUGCUCAUGAUAUCUACCUCCCGCCACCAUCCUCAGAGGGUCGUCUCCUGCACGGCGCCCCCUUCCGCCUGCAGGCCCACAUCCGGGGGGAGCUGAAGCCCGUGUGCUUCGUGUCCCCCACAAUCCGGGACACCCACGUGGGCUGCCUCUCAGCCAGCGACAAGCUGUCGCGCUGGACUGUGCUGGGGCUGGGUGGUGCCCUAUUGGCUCACUUCUUGCCUCCCCUCUACGCCACCAGCCUUGUCCUGGCUGACCCCUGCCACGACCCCCCCACGCUGAGCAGUGCCAUCCAUACCCGGCCCAACCUAGACAGGGCCUUGGGGUCAUGCCUGCCCCCUCCCUACGCCCGUACCAUGCUACACCUGUUUUCGGGCCCCCCUGUGGCUCCUUCAGACCCCACCUCCAACAGCUGCCAUGACGUGAGCCUCAACUGGAGCCUGGGGGACGCCGACGUCGAGGUUGUGGAUGUGACUACCGGGCGUGUGAAAGCCGAUGCUGCCCUCGGGCCUCCCUCCCGCCUCUGCAAGGCGGCCUUUUUCCGGGCCUUCCGCCAGGCUACCCACGCUCUGGGGAAGUCCCACCUCCUGGCCUUGAAGACCUACGAGGAGGCCAAGGCUGGUCCCUACCAGGAGGUUCGCCAGCAGCUGUCUUUCCUCCUGGAACAGCAGGGCCUGGGGGCUUGGCCCUCGAAGCCAUUGGUGGGCAAAUUCAGAAACUAA